GGAAUCGCAAAUAGUCAUAACCUGUUCCUGGUGGACAAUAUGGCCAUCGUUCUCUCGUUCGCUCGGGGUAGGUGCAAGAACUAUGUGGUGCUGCAGCAGAUCCGACGUUUUCGUGCUCUCUGUCUUAUUCACAACAUCCGUCCACAUUUCCGCUGGAUCAAGUCUGAGUUCAACCCGGCGGACGCGCCUUCCAGAGAUGGAGGCGAGCCGGGGCCGCAGCGCAGCCACUGCCAGGUAGAGGGCCGCGGCCAAGCGGACCGCCCGCCUGGGGCCGCCCAGGCCAGCGGCGGCCGGGUCCGCGCCCACUCUGGACUGCGCCCUCCUGCGCACGGGCCGCCGCCUGCGGCUGGGCAGAGCCAGGCUGUCGGCCGGCGGGCGCUGGGCAUAUCGGCUCCCAUGCUGCUGCGCCAGUGGCCGGUGCCGAAGCCGGGGAGCCUGUCGGUGGAGGUGGUCGUGACAGGGCCCCUGUUCGUCGCCGCGCGCGCGGAGGCCGGUGCCGGCCAGGACCGCGGCGAGGUGGCAGUGGCCGCGGAGAGCGCGGACAGCAACGACCUGGACGCCGUCGCGAGAUGCGAGCGGGGGCGCUCCAAGUACCUGAUGGACGCCCGGCGCGCCAUGGGCCAGCUGGGCGCCCUGCGCGAGUUGGAGGUCGGGCAGCCGAAGACCAGGGAGUACUACUACCUCCCGCUGGAUGGGACGCUGUGCAUCCUCAAGGCAGAGCUGUUCCUGUCCGAACAACCGGCGAAUGUUGGCCGGCUCUCGCUCCCGCGCCUCCUGUGCUACCUGGGGCCUUCCAAGCUGCUCGGCGUGAAGGGCGGGCACUUUGUGGCGUCGGUGGGGGGCGUGUCCCGCCACUGGAGCCGGCUGCUGGCGCCAGAGGAGCUGGGCAUCCCGACCAAGGUGGGCGCGGUCAACGACGGCCUCCAGCUAGGCACGAUGGAGCCGAAGUGGCUGGACGUGGUGUGGCGGGGGCUCAGCGCCGCGCCAGCGACGCAGCGGGUCUGCCCGUUCAGCUACCAGGACCUGUCGGCCGACGUGCAGACUGUCAGUGUCACGCGGGGCUGGAGGCUAGUUCCCUACCAGCAUCGUCACGACAAAGCUUCGCACGACAGGCAGCGGCAGCUACGGGGCCUCCCAGAGGUGAUGAUGCGGGACCAAGGGCGGAAGUUCAAGUCGGUCACCAGGUACCCUGAG